AUGUCCCAAACAGAAUUGGUUCGCUCAAUUUACAAUGAAAGGAGUGCCAAGUAUGAUGCCUCCUUCCACGUCCUCCUCGCAGAAGAAUACAUCCGCAUUGCACAGCCAAAACAGAAUGAAAAAGUUCUCGAUCUAGCCUGUGGAACGGGUCUAGUCACAUUCCUGGCUGCAGAAAAGGUCGGUCCGAAUGGACUGGUUGUUGGAGUCGAUAUCAGUGAUGGAAUGUUGGACGUGGCUCGUUCCAAGGAUCAGAAUGGAAAGAUAUCGUUUAUCCGGCAUGAUAUUUCGGAUCUAACGAAAUUGGAUCUGCCGUCUGAAGGAUUCGAUUUGAUAACCUGCGCUGCUGCGCUGGUGCUACUUCCUGAUCCCCUCAAAGCCAUCAGGCACUGGGCGACAUUCCUCACACCCGGCGGUCGACUUGUGACCGAUGUCGCUGCCAAGGAUGUCCACGUUCCCAGUCGCAUUCUGAGUGGCAUCGGAGAUCAGAUCGGGCAGUCGCUUCAGUGGGAUCAGAGCUGGGUCCAGGGCGAGAAUUCCUUAUAUGAACUAUUGGAAAGGGCAGGUCUUCGUGUAAAGACAGUCUUUACCAGCAAGACAUUCCAAGUUCGGGAAUAUCAUGUCGAUACAGCAGACGAGGCUUUUGAGCAGGUAGUCUCCAGUCCGAUGUUUCGCAACUUCGGAGAUCCUUCUAUCAAAGAUGAGGCGAAGAGGUUGUUUAUUGAGAGGUUUAGAGAAGAAGCUGGACCGGUUGGUGUUUUGCUUGAUGAGGCUAAGAUGUAUUUCGGUGUUGCAUACAAGCAUGACUGA